UGUUUUUAUGAAGUCGUGCUGUAGCAGGGAAGUGAGCUGGAAAACUGAUUUUGUGUCUGUAGCAUCAGAAAAGUUCAGAAGGACUGGGCUAGUUUUCGAAACCACAGCACACUUUGGCAAAGAGGGAAUGCACAACAGAACGGAUGGGGUGGCUGGACGAGAGCAGCUCUUGGCUCAGCAGAGAAUGCACAGUAUGAUCAGCUCAGUUGAUGUAAAAUCAGAGGUUCCUGUGGGCCUGGAGCCCAUCUCGCCUUUAGACCUAAGGACAGACCUCAGGAUGAUGAUGCCCGUGGUGGACCCUGUAGUCCGUGAGAAGCAACUUCAGCAGGAGUUACUCCUCAUCCAGCAACAGCAGCAAAUCCAGAAGCAGCUCUUGAUCGCAGAGUUUCAGAAACAGCAUGAGAACUUGACACGGCAGCACCAGGCUCAGCUUCAGGAGCACAUCAAGUUGCAACAGGAACUUCUAGCCAUAAAACAGCAACAAGAACUGCUAGAAAAGGAGCAGAAACUGGAGCAGCAGAGGCAAGAACAGGAAGUAGAGAGGCAUCGCAGAGAACAGCAGCUUCCUCCUCUCAGAGGCAAAGAUAGAGGACGAGAAAGGGCAGUGGCAAGUACAGAAGUAAAGCAGAAGCUUCAAGAAUUCCUGUUGAGUAAAUCAGCAACAAAAGACACUCCAACUAAUGGAAAAAAUCAUUCCGUGAGCCGCCAUCCCAAGCUCUGGUACACGGCUGCCCACCACACGUCAUUGGAUCAAAGCUCUCCACCCUUGAGUGGAACGUCUCCAUCCUACAAAUACACAUUACCAGGAGCACAAGAUGCAAAGGACGAUUUCCCUCUUCGAAAAACUGCCUCUGAGCCCAACUUGAAGGUGCGGUCCAGGUUAAAACAGAAAGUGGCAGAGAGGAGAAGCAGCCCCUUACUCAGGCGGAAGGAUGGAAAUGUUGUCACUUCAUUCAAGAAGCGAAUGUUUGAGGUGACAGAAUCCUCAGUCAGUAGCAGUUCUCCAGGGUCUGGUCCCAGUUCACCAAACAAUGGGCCAACUGGUAAUGUUACUGAAAAUGAGACUUCGGUUUUGCCCCCUACUCCUCAGGCUGAGAAAAUGGUUUCACAGCAACGCAUUCUAAUUCAUGAAGAUUCCAUGAACCUGCUCAGUCUUUAUACCUCUCCCUCUUUGCCCAACAUUACCCUGGGACUUCCAGCAGUGCCAGCCCAGCUGAAUGCUUCAAAUUCGCUCAAAGAAAAACAGAAGUGUGAGACCCAGACACUCAGGCAAGGCGUUCCUCUGCCUGGGCAGUAUGGGGGCAGCAUCCCGGCAUCUUCAAGCCAUCCCCAUGUCACUUUGGAGGGAAAGCCCAACAGCAGCCACCAAGCUCUCCUGCAGCAUUUAUUAUUGAAAGAACAGAUGCGACAGCAAAAGCUUCUUGUGGCUGGUGGAGUUCCCUUACAUCCUCAGUCUCCCUUGGCAACGAAAGAGAGAAUUUCACCUGGCAUUAGAGGUACCCACAAAUUACCCCGUCACAGACCCUUGAAUCGAACCCAGUCUGCACCUUUGCCUCAGAGCACAUUGGCUCAGCUGGUCAUUCAGCAGCAACACCAGCAAUUCUUGGAGAAGCAGAAGCAAUACCAGCAGCAGAUCCACAUGAACAAGCUGCUUUCGAAAUCUAUUGAACAACUGAAGCAACCAGGCAGUCACCUCGAGGAAGCGGAGGAAGAGCUUCAGGGGGACCAGGCGAUGCAGGAAGACAGAGCGCCCUCUAGUGGCAACAGCACUAGGAGUGACAGCAGUGCUUGUGUGGAUGACGCAUUGGGACAAGUUGGGGCUGUGAAGGUCAAGGAGGAACCAGUGGACAGUGAUGAAGAUGCUCAGAUCCAGGAAAUGGAAUCUGGGGAGCAGGCUGCUUUUAUGCAACAGCCCUUCCCGGAGCCGCAGCACGCACGUGCGCUCUCGGUGCACCCAGCUCAGCUGGCUGCGGAUGGCAUGGACGGAUUAGAGAAACAUCGUCUUGUCUCCAGGACUCAUUCCUCCCCUGCUGCCUGCAUUUUACCUCACCCAGCAAUGGACUGCCACCUCCUGCCUGGCUCUGCAACUGGAAUUGCCUAUGAUCCUCUGAUGCUGAAACACCAGUGCAUUUGUGGCAAUUCCACCACCCACCCUGAGCACGCUGGACGCAUACAGAGCAUCUGGUCACGGCUGCAAGAAACUGGGUUGCUAAAUAAAUGUGAGCGAAUUCAAGGUCGAAAAGCCAGCCUGGAGGAAAUACAGCUUGUUCAUUCUGAACAUCACUCGCUGUUGUAUGGCACCAACCCCCUGGAUGGACAGAAGCUGGACCCCAGGACACUACUAGGUGACUCUUCUCAAAAGUUUUUUUCUUCAUUACCUUGUGGUGGACUUGGGGUGGACAGUGACACCAUUUGGAAUGAGCUGCACUCGUCCGGUGCUGCACGCAUGGCUGUUGGCUGUGUCAUCGAGCUGGCUUCCAAAGUGGCCUCAGGAGAGCUGAAGAAUGGAUUUGCUGUUGUGAGGCCCCCAGGCCAUCACGCUGAAGAAUCCACAGCCAUGGGGUUCUGCUUUUUUAAUUCAGUUGCAAUUACCGCCAAAUACUUGAGAGACCAACUAAAUAUAAGCAAGAUAUUGAUUGUAGAUCUGGAUGUUCACCAUGGAAAUGGUACACAGCAGGCCUUUUAUGCUGACCCCAGCAUCCUGUAUAUUUCACUCCAUCGCUAUGAUGAAGGGAACUUUUUCCCUGGCAGUGGAGCCCCAAAUGAGGUUGGAACAGGCCUUGGAGAAGGAUACAAUAUAAAUAUUGCCUGGACAGGUGGCCUUGAUCCCCCCAUGGGAGAUACUGAGUACCUUGAAGCGUUCAGGACUAUAGUGAAGCCUGUGGCCAAAGAGUUUGAUCCGGACAUGGUCCUGGUUUCUGCUGGAUUUGAUGCAUUAGAAGGCCACGCCCCUCCUCUGGGGGGCUACAAAGUGACAGCAAAAUGCUUUGGUCAUUUGACGAAGCAGUUGAUGACACUGGCUGAUGGACAUGUGGUGUUGGCUCUAGAAGGAGGACAUGAUCUCACAGCCAUCUGCGAUGCAUCAGAAGCCUGUGUAAAUGCCCUUCUAGGAAAUGAGCUGGAGCCACUUGCAGAAGAUAUUCUCCAACAAACUCCGAAUAUGAAUGCUGUUAUUUCUUUACAGAAGAUCAUUGAAAUUCAAAGCAAGUACUGGAAGUCGGUAAGGACGGUGAGUGUGCCGAGGGGCUGCGCUCUGGCUGGGGCGCAGUUGCAAGAGGAGACGGAGACCGUUUCUGCCCUGGCCUCCCUGACAGUGGAUGUGGAACAGCCCUUUGCUCGAGAAGACAACAGAACUGCUGGCGAGCCUAUGGAAGAGGAGCCAGCCUUGUGAAGCGCCAAGUCCUCCCCAGCCUUCCCCACCCCCGAUAUUUCCUGUGUGUGACAUCAUUGCAUAUCCCCCCGCCACCCCAGCACCCUCAGACAUGUCUUGUCUGCUGCCUGGGUGGCACAGAUUCCAUGGAACAUAAACACUGGGCACAAAAUUCUGAACAGCAGCUUCACUUGUUCUUUGGAUGGACUUGAAAGGGCAUUAAAGAUUCCUUAAAAGUAACCGCUAUGAUUCUAAAGUUACAGUAAACCACGAUUGGAAGAAACUGCUUCCAGAGUGCUUUUAAUAUGCUGGGUGACCCACUCCCAGGCCCAAAGUAUGAACUAGAAACAUCCAGUACAGCGUUAGAUACUGUUAAUUACAGAUGGUAUGACAGCCAGCGAAAUUUUGGGCAAAACCUGAGAAAUCUCAUUCCUGACAUUCUGAUCAGUUUUUUUAUUGGGAACUUUUUUGUCACACAGUCGUAAAUUGUUUACAGGAUUUGCUUUCAGCUAUGAAAGGAUAGCAAUUCCCGACAGAUCACGGGGGUUUUUUUUGUUUUGUUUUGUUUGUUUUUGGCCUUUGUUUUAACAUAUGGUUCAACUCUUGCUAGGAAGAGUCCAAGAUGGAGGAACGAGGAUGAGGCUUUUUUCAGUGGAAUAAACCACAGUGUAUCUCAAAGUCCAAUGCCAAAGCAACCUCACACAUUUUAUGUAAUGGUGCAAUAUUUUAUAUCACAUUUUUUGAGAAAAAUUACCCUGUUUCCCUAACAUCCCUCUCUGUGUUCUCACACACAGGAGAUUUGCAGUUGAUUUAGGAUGAAGUCUCCUUCCUCCCUCAUACAUCCCUUGCUCUGGUGACAGUAGCUCUGAGCAUAUGUUCCACGGAGGAUUUUCAGUGUCUUUGAAAAGUGCAUAACUUUUCAAAGGCCAUCUUAAUUUGUUCCAAAUCUAUCAAGAACUUAUUCUCUCACUUUUAUUUUUCUGCUUUCCAUCACUUCCUUUCUUCUUGCCUUUCAUCCUUCCUUCCUACAAAAAAAGACGAGGAUUACCCAUAAUCUCCCCAAUUACUCAGGAGCUUUGAGGACUCAGUUUAUUUUCUUGCUUCCCAGGUUAACACAGCUGCUUGGUCUGAUGUGUUCUUUUAGCUGUAAAACCAUUGAGGGCUUAAGCAAUGUUACUGAAUUUUCUAGAUCUUUGAAAUGUGUUAAUGAAGGCAUUGCUUAUUUGAAGUCACCUUGAAUUGAGUUAUCCUUGAAGUUGUGCCUUCAUGUGAAAAAAACAACACGAACUUAACCUUUACACAUGUUGCCUUAGUGUUAAAGGCUAAAAAUAUAGGACAUUUAUUUCUGAGAUUAAAAGCAACUUACUAAAUAUAAGUAGGUUAUCCCCCUACCUCCCCAAAUUCUAUUUCAAUGUAUAACUCAGACACCUAAAGACAUUGAUGUAGAAUACCUCGCAGUAUUUAAUAUCUGACAAUGCUUUCAAAAGAGUUGAUGUUUCUUUUUAUAUAUUUUCCUAACUCAAAGGAUAUAUUAAAGCCAUAAGUGAAGAUUGUCAUGCUUUUAUUCAAAAAUCUGAAAGAAACCUUAAUUAAAACAAGGUUUUAGGGAAGGCCAUGAUAUGAAAGAUAUGGGACAAUAUGGUUUUAGUUAAAGAGGACUCCAACCUGUAAAUCAAAGAUGAAAGAUUUCACUCAAGUAGAAUUAUAUAACUCCCUUUUGUUAUACAGUCAGUCCAUAUUUUUCAUGCAUUUGGUUUUUUUAGGAUUACCAUUUUAAUUUUAAAGACUUUUAUUACAUAUACAAAAAUGGCUCAAUACUUGGUUUAACAUCUUAGAAAUUUGAGACACCCUUUGAAAUAGGAAAUCUGAAAUGGAAUGUAACUCAGUAUUAGUUAAAAAAUUACUUUCAUUGCAUAAGGGUAAGGUCAAUCUAGAUUCACAAUAGUAAUGAAUUUUUUCCAUGACAUUUUUAGAGAAAUUCAUGCCAAUCAUAUUUCCUAGCUCUUGUUGUUUUUGCUGUAAUUACUUGAGGAGAUUUUACUUAAAGAAACCAAAGGCUUAAAAACAGAAGACAACUCCCACCCUUUAAAAAGGAAAGCUAUAACAUACGGUAAGUGGAAACAUAAUUGUGACUUUUUAAAAUCAACUUCAUAAUUACAAAUCUCUAUUAUUCCUCUCAGUCCUCCCAGAUAGUUUUUAGAUUUUGAAUAAGAAAAUGAAACAGUAUAAUGCAAACAUACUAAUUUACUAAAGUUUCCUGCAGUUAUUUUACCACAUACUUAGGCAUAGCCAUCAAUCUGAUAAAGCCAAAUCAGUAGGACAUCUCCAAGGUUAUUUAGAUUUAAAAUAUGACACAUUAAUAAGUUAAUCACACAUCCUUCCAAGUGAUAUGGUACCCAAUUGGUUGCAGUUAGAGUCUUUAGGAUACAGAGAGAGACAGAUAAACUAUGGAGAGGAUUAAUCACAGCUGAAUGUAGUUGUAAGAACAGAAUGCCAGCGCUUUUUGAUUAUAUCGUUACAAGAUGUAAUGUAGCCCUCAGGGACAGAAUGGAGGCUUUUGGAGAAUAUCAACACUUCUUUUGAAAUAGAACAGUACUUUUUAAAAGGGUAGUUUCACUUGGUAUAGUUUUCUUCACUUAUACAUUUAAUUUUUAUUGCUCACAAUAGUUCCCUGUAAGAGUCUGUUAGAAAAACUCCUCUUUAGGCAUUACCAAUAAUAUAUCUCUUUCUGAUCCAUGCUUUGAAGGAUAAUCACAUAGGCUUUCUCACAAUCUCAUAAUAACUCAUAUAUGAGGAAUAAAAAUAAAGGUUUUUGAGAAAUCUAUUACUAAACAAUGCCAGGACUUUAAUAAGAUUUGAUAAUAAGUCCAAAAAGAAAACGUAAGAAAAUUUUCUCAAUUAUAUAGUACAAUCUGGGGUUGUAUAUUAAAUUGAAAACCAGACAGUUUUAUUAAAUAAUAAGUAAAAUGGACCUCAAAUGGUAAUAGAGGCUAUUUAAUCAUUGCUUAGUAAAUGAGAACAUUUUGAGAUGAAACAUUUUAAAAUAUUUUAACAAAUUUACAACACCAAUAGUGGAGAUAGAAGUCAGCUUUUGGAGAAAACAGAGAUACUUAUGAAAAACUAUUGUAAAUCGCAUUUCCAUUAUCAAUUGUAGGAACUGAAAUCUUGCCUUCAGUUUUGACUAUAACCCUUUGCAAAAUUCUCCCACACCUCUCACUGGCAACAUGGUAGAUUUAAAAGCAGGACAACAUCUCCUCACAGGAACAUUUCAGAAACUAUAGGGCUGGUCUUGCCCAACAAUUCAGUACUGUCCUAUUUCCUAAGGUCAUUCUCAAAGCUUUGUGGAUUUACUAGGUUUCUUUACAAAUUCCAUAUGGAAGUGAAAUAAAAUGAUCAGUGGAAGUUCUCCUGGGAGAAAAUUUCUCUCCAAUCAGCACUUUUAUACUUAUUUUUUGUCCUAGCAUUUACGUUUAAGACAAUUUAUUUAAAUAUUUUUUACUGUCGAUCUUUAGAAAGUUUACUCUCACUUUGUCUCAGUGGAAGUAUUAAAUGCCUAAUAACCACAAAAACAAACAAGCCAAAGGUUUCUGUCUUAAAAGUGAUUCAUUCUGAGCUUGAAAUAAUCACUCUGUCAAGAGUUGGACAUUGUCACUUCUAGCAGCAUCUAUCUUAACAUUCUUUUCCUGCUUCAGGAAUGAAAUCACUUGACUUAGAAAAGAGAAGAAAAAAAAAAAAAAGAA